ACCAGCUCCCUUUAACAAUUCAGGAGAGGCAAAGGAAGCACUUCGCCAUGGCCAAGCUCCAGCUUUUCCCCAUCUUGGCUGCCUUCUGCCUCUUCGUCGGCGUCGCCGUCGCCACCGAUGUCCAUUUCGAAGUGCAGGGCCGUGUCUAUUGUGACAAUUGUCGUGCCGGCUUCGUCACCAAUAUCACCGAGUAUAUUGAAGGCGCGACGGUGAGGUUGGAAUGCAAACACUUUCAGAACGAUGCGGUGGAACACAGCAUUGAGGCCGUCAGCGGCGCCGACGGUUAUUAUACAUUCAUUGUUCCCAAUGAUCACGAGGAGGAAAUUUGUUAUGUGAAGCUGAUUAAGAGCCCGAGGGCUGAUUGCGCUGAGUUCGUUGAGAACAGAGAGCAGGCGCGCAUUCUGCUUACCGAAAACAGCGGUCAGGCCAACAACUUGCGUUAUGCUAAUGCGUUGGGCUUUCUCAAAGAUGUCGCACUUCCAGUAUGCCCCGAGCUGCUCAAGGCCUACGAAACUGAUGAUGAUUUUUAAAUAAUUAAAAUGGAGAUAUAUGAUGAUUUAUUUAUAUGUUUUUUGGUUUCAUGGAAGUUUUUAUAAGAAUAUAAGUGAUUGAUUCAAGGAACAAUUCAUGGGGGUAUGAGUAUAUUGGGAAUGGGUUGUUGAUGAAGUUGCAAUUUCUAUUUAUUGUGAAAGAUUGUUUUGUGUUUUUUCUUUCCU